AUGACCUUCGCAAGACCGCAGGAACUUAUCGAGCUCUUCUCUGAUCCGCUGCACAAGGAUUACUUGAUGGUGUUGUUGGCGCUCCCCCCUUGCCGAGGAGCAGAAGAUGAAGAGUUGGUGGCGAAGCAGAUGUGGCUGAUGACGAAGAGAGCGGGUUUUCCAGUGUACUUGGCGAUGGAAGGAGACAAGCUGCUGGGUGAGCUCGCUAAGGAAGAGGAUGGCUGCUUACCAGUGGCGAAAAUCUUCACAAGCUACAAGGAUGCCAUGUGCUUGGAGACCUUGACUCCCGGCGUCCUUACCAACCUCCAUGUGCAGUUGAAUGAUGAGAGUAAGAAAGUCAGCGAUGGGCGAUGGACGGCAACGUUCAAGGAGUCCCUCGCGCAGGCCGUGGAGCAGUGGAAACUGAGGCCUGAGGAAGUUCAGAGGGCGAAAUGGAUGGCAAAGAUGGACAGCAACCCUGAUACUUUCCUCAAGGCUCUGAGUACCAAGGAGCUGGUGGCCUGGAAGACUCACAUCCGGAACAACCACAUUCCGUAUAACCGAAGAUGCCGUACCUGUGUUGAAGCAUCAGGACUGGGAAGAAUGCACAAGAAGGUGAAGACGCCGAGCUCAUACUGCUUGUCGCUGGAUAUCCUCGGACCACUACGACAACAUGGUGAAGAUCCCGAUCACCGGGACUAUCGCUACAUGCUGGUGGGAGCUUACCUCUUUCCGAAGCUCGAGUCCUUCAAGAAGAAAGAAGGCCAAGAAAACCCAGAACGACCAUCAGCACCAGAUCUAGCAGAAGAAGAGGGUGUAGAUGAGGGCCAUCACUUUCAUCCCGUCAUGGAGGGGCCGAGCGUCAUAGGUGGUGUGGGUGUGGAGGACCUUGUCGGAGAACAGGGCGCCAUUUCCUUCGACGACAUGUUGGCGGAAGAAGAGGAGGACCUUGCACCGCUUCCAGAAGAAGAACCACCUGUUGGAUUGUCAGAUGAGGACUUCAAGAAGUUGUUUGGGGAGGAAGUUGGUGACGGGGACCCGGAGUUUCAAGUCCUCUAUGUGGCUCGUCCGUUGCGCGCUCGGACGACAAACGAGAUUGGAGGUGAGAGGAACGGCCUUGAGACGGCUGCGGUCAAAUGGAUGAAAAAUCAAGCGAAACGGCUUCUCCUCGCGACACCCGUUCCUCGGUCGUGUUGGACGGCCGCCAUGACCUAUUCGGCCUGGGCACAGAGGGAAAUCGCUAUGGGACGAGGAGCUGACCUACUUCCUUUCGGCUACUAUGUGGGGCCCAGUGCGGAUGUUCGUGGCGGGCAUGUGGUUCGUUGUGACGAUGGCACUUAUCUGACAUCCCAGCACUUGCGCCCGAACCUCGUGGACUCAGACAAGCUUGGUAGUAAGCCUGACUUUGAGGCCGUCGUCACAGAGCCCGUCAGAAGAGUGGUAGGCAAGCGCAAACCACCCAUGAUGGAAGAGCCUCAGGAGGAGGACAUAGAGCAUCUGCUGAACCAGCUCAAGAGAUGA